CGCCCGCCCGCCAUGGUGUCAUGGAUCAUCUCCAGGCUGGUGGUGCUUAUAUUUGGCACCCUGUAUCCUGCAUAUUACUCCUACAAGGCUGUCAAAUCAAAGGACAUUAAAGAAUAUGUCAAAUGGAUGAUGUACUGGAUUAUAUUUGCACUGUUCACCACUGCAGAGACAUUCACAGACAUCUUCCUUUGCUGGUUUCCAUUCUAUUAUGAACUAAAAAUAGCAUUUGUAGCCUGGCUGCUGUCUCCCUAUACAAAAGGGUCCAGCCUCCUGUACAGGAAGUUUGUACAUCCCACGCUGUCUUCAAAAGAAAAGGAAAUUGAUGAUUGCCUGGUCCAAGCAAAAGAUCGAAGUUAUGAUGCCCUUGUGCACUUCGGGAAGCGAGGCUUGAACGUGGCGGCCACAGCGGCUGUGAUGGCUGCUUCCAAGGGACAGGGUGCCUUAUCGGAGAGACUGAGGAGCUUCAGCAUGCAGGACCUCACCACCAUCAGGGGAGACGGUGCCCCUACUCCCUCAGGCCCCCCACCCCCAGGGCCUGGGCGGGCCAGCGGCAAACAUGGCCAACCUAAGAUGUCCAGGAGUGCUUCUGAGAGUGCUGGCAGCUCAGUGUGUACCUGCUGCUCUACCUGCAGGACCCGGAAAGUGGUUGAGGGAGAUGUGAAUGAGGGUGGUGUGAAGGCAUGGGAGCCCCACCAGGUCCAAAACCCACUGGCAUUUUCUGACGACGAGGAGGAAGACCUGCUGGAGUUCAUGUACAAGUAUAAGGCACCGAAAAAGACGGAAUUGCCCCUGGAGGCACCGCCUAGAACCCUUCGAUCUCGCUUCAGGAAGAAAAGUACCUCAUCCUCGGCCACUGAAACCACGUGAGUGAGUGAGAUGAGCCAACAACACUGGAUCCAGAAUGUUUCUUCUCUGCCUUAAAGAGCUAGUCAUUAAUAACACAGAAAUCCGCAGGCUGGGUGUGCUUUGAGUGUAUAACCUCACAGACACGGCCUUUAUUCGCUCCCCUCUUCUGCCUAUAAGAAAUUCAUUCUUUCUCUUCUUUCUCUCUCUGUCUGUCUCUGACUUUCUCUCUUUUUCUGUUUGUCUGUUCUUUUCCUUCCUUAAAAUUUUGCUGGGGAGAGCCUAAGGGCGAGGUCAGGGGUGAGCCUUUAAGUCUCCUGAGGUUAGUUAGCCAUUUCCCACAAUUGGAUUGUCUUUACAGACGGCAGUGUUUUUAGAAAUGCAAGCAAAAUCACCCCUAUGCUGCUGAGAUGUACAUUUGUAAUUUAUUUGUUGCAUAUUUAGUUUUUAGUUCUGUAAAUGCAAAUGAAGUUUUUUUAAACCUUUUUUGUUCUUGGUACUAAUAUUUUGGACUGUGAUGUACAGAAUUAUGGCUUUGGCUUAAUAUAAUGAAUUUACCGAUGCUGUCAGCAGUUCUGAUAAGAAAAAAAAUGUAAACAAAUACUUUUGGUUCUGGACGAUGGCUCCCAUGUUCUUAUAAAGAUCCCAAAUCCAGUUUUU